UCAAGUUCCAGCGGCCGACGACAGGAAAACGACAAAACUUCUCACCCGACAUCGAGGACCACCCGCUCGGCAACCACAUCAAGAUGGUCCGUUACGCUGCUCAGGACAUUCCGGCCGCUAAGAGCGCCCGCGCUCGGGGCUCUUACCUGCGUGUCAGCUUCAAGAACACCCGCGAGACCGCUCAGGCUAUCAACGGCAUGAAGCUGCAGCGUGCCCUUACCUUCCUCACCAACGUCACCGAGAAGGCUGAGGCCGUCCCCAUGCGUCGGUACGCUGGCAGCACCGGUCGCUGCGCUCAGGGCAAGCAGUGGGGUGUCAGCAAGGCUCGCUGGCCCGUCAAGUCCGCCGAGUUCCUUCUCGACCUCCUCAAGAACGCUGAGGCCAACGCCGACACCAAGGGUCUCGACACCGGCAACCUUGUUGUCAAGCACAUCCAGGUCAACCAGGCUCCCAAGGGUCGCCGCCGUACCUACCGUGCUCACGGUCGUAUCAACCCCUACAUGACCAACCCCUGCCACAUCGAGCUCAUCCUCACCGAGGCUGAGGAGACCGUCGCCAAGGCCGCCGCUAACAAGGAGGUCCGCCUCAGCUCCCGCCAGCGUGGUGCUCAGCUCCGCCGUGCUCUCAUUGAGGCAUAAGCGGUGUGUGGGUGUCGGGGAAAGUGUGAAGUGGUCAGAAACUGAAUGGGAAUGCCGGAGUUUGCUGUUGUACGGAUUCAAUACCUGGUCACGGAAGGAAUACAAAAGAAAUUAUUACUUUUUUGACAAAUGGAAAAAAUUCGAAACCACCCGGCGAAAAAAAAAUGAUGGUGAUGAUGAUGGUUUGUCUUCUGCUCUAUGCAGAGGCAACACCUUUCUUUAGACAUUGAUCUCGUUUCACCCACCCCGGAGACUCGGUUCGACUGGAUAGUUUAUCCUUCACAGUCCCUGGCCAUGAGCUAAGGCGGCUGGAAGGAGUCCAGGGAAAAUUAUUCCUUCAUCAUAGUGGAUACUACUACAUGGAUGGCGUACAUCGGUACGGCAGGUUUCGGACAUUCUCCUACUUCAGGACACUUUUUGCGAGCGUUUAAUUCAUGAUGGGAUACGGAAUUCAUUUUUCUU